AUGGCGGCCCUCGAAGACAAAGCGAUAUGGGAAGAUGGCGAGGUAUUUUUCACGUUCAUGGCUGUUUCGAAGAGUUUUUUAUCCUCCUUGAUCGUCUUGAGAACAUUUAACGACUGGUUUGAAAUAUGUUUUGUUAUUUUUAUAAGGAAAUCGACGAGGAAGUUCUUCGAAUGCAGACCGACGAAAUUGUUGGACGGGCUCGACUGUUAGAUAAUGAAAUUAAGGUAAGAUUUUUCAUGUCGACUUUAGUAACUUUAUGGAGCUAUGAUAUCUUACCAAAACUUUCCACAAUUCCUAAGACUUUAGAUUGUCUUUACAUUGUAAUGUUGGAUAGUAAAGUCGAAUUUUGUGAUACGUCUGUCAAAAAAAUUAUUAAGCUUGUAUUAGGAAAUUAUUCAGUUAGUCAUGUGCUUCACUGUAUUAUUUUUUCUUUUACAGAUAAUGAAAAGUGAAAUUAUGAGAAUUAACCACGAACAGCAAGCAAUGAAAGAGAAAAUAAAGGUAACGUCCAUUUCUGCGCUGCUGGAAUUAAAAUUUAGGAUUAAUUUGACAUUUUACGUACGCAGUGGCAUCAUCAUACAGACGAAAGUUAACAAUUCUCUUUUAUUCACUUAGGAGAAUUCAGAGAAAAUUAAAGUUAACAAAACGCUGCCAUACCUUGUGUCUAAUGUAAUCGAGGUAAGAAGUUUUCUUUAUCAUUUGUUAUAAAUCCAUUAGACCAAUUUCUGGGAGAUAACACCAAUUUUUCAGUUGUGCAUGACAUUAUUUCUUGGUUUAUACUACUGAGUUUGUUUAACAAACUACUUGUACUUUGUCCAAGAACCCAAGAUAAUGUAUUUCUCACCCCAAGUAAAACAACCUCUGCACCAUUAUAUGAACAAGUUAUGGCAAAGAAAGAUGUUUUUCAUCUGCAUGGGACAAAGACAAAAUUCUAAGUCACCAUAAGGGAUCAAACCUCAGGCCUUUGGAUUAAGUUAAUAAUGUUACAUAAUUUGGUGAAAUCUAAAAACUCAUAGUAAUUUCUUUAAUUCCUACAACAGCUCCUUGAUGUUGAUCCUCAAGACAAUGUAAGUUUUAUUUUUGACUCUAUUUGUUUUCCAGAAAUACAAUUUAGUAAUUAAUUCAUAUGAAAAAGUUUAAAAGCUAGAUUUCAGAAUCUAAUCAUUUCACUCCAGUUGAAUGUUCAGUCAGAAAUAAUUCUGCUUCAUGUAGGUAUACUAGCUUUAUAGAGGUACUUCAUUCUUUUAUUAUCACAUCAUGUUAUCCUUGUUUUUUUGAUAGUUUUUUUUUUCAUUUGCUAUCACUACAUGCAAAUAAUAUAUUGAUUUGUCUGUAGGCUGAGGAAGAUGGUGCCAAUGUUGAUUUGGAUUCACAGCGAAAAGGCAAAUGCGCAGUCAUCAAAACUUCAACAAGACAGGUAAAUUGUAAUAUCUUGUCUUAAGAAACCCAAAUGGUAAGGUACAUUGACAGAAUACACCUAAGUAAGAUCUGUAAUACUUAAGAUAAGUUUUACUGCAAAAUGACCUGGUUUCCUGGUAAAACAUAAACCUUCAUUCCACUAACUUAUACAAUAUACAAAGUACUGUGUAUGAUAUUAAAAACAUUUGAAAGUUCUUCACAGCAGUUUUCAAACUUUAAACAUUCAAACUUGGAGUUUUACUUUUAUAAACUUGGUUUUUCUCAUUCUUGCAGACAUACUUUUUACCUGUGAUUGGUUUGGUGGAACCUGAGAAUUUAACACCAGGGGAUCUAGUGGUAAGGAGAGUGUGUAAAUCUGUCUACUUAAUUGCUUCCUUCAGUUUCUCACCAGACAGUGGAGAAGUUUAAGUUUAUGUCAUGUACUUGUGGGAGUGGCUUUAAUUACUUCUUCUACACUCCAUAAAUUGCUGAUUUUCUGUUUGGGUUUUUUUUUUUUUUUUUUUUUUCAUUCUAGGGUGUCAAUAAGGAUUCAUACCUCAUACUUGAAAAAUUACCACCAGAGUAAGUGAUUCUUGACUAGUAAAGGCUUCCUAUUUUAAGUCUGCUCAGCUUGGCUGGCAUGGAUUUCAAGAUGUUGUCUAACCAAUUUUUUCUUGGAAGAAAUUAUGUUUAAUUUAUCUCAGAACAAGGAUAAACUCAUGAAAUAAUGUGAACUCUUCAAAUAAACUCUUUCAAAUUUACUUUUUUCUGGAAUGAUUCUAAGUUACAGGUUUUUCUUUUUUCCUUGACAUGCAAGCAGGCAGAAUUUAACCAAUCAGUGAUCUAAUUAGUUCUUGCAUGGACUAGGAUGUUCUCUUCCAGUUCACCAACCUGUUUGGAAUUGCUGUUUUGAUAAGGGUUUUUUGUGGCAAAUAGUGUAUCCUAUUAUUUAUUUUUGUAUGUUUUAAUCAUUUGCAAUACAACAGGGAUCAUAGAACAUUUUCACACUCUUAGAAUAGGGUAGCUUUGAUGUAAUGUUAUUUCAAAAUACUCCUCACUGGCUAUUUGCCAUCUUAUGUUAAGAAAUCAAGUGAUAUGUAUUGUUUUCUUGAUAACAAUUUAUGAAUUGGGCUCUGUGUUGAUUCCAGAUACGACUCUCGUGUGAAAGCCAUGGAGGUUGAUGAGAGGCCCACAGAACAAUACAGUGACAUUGGAGGCCUGGAUCAGCAAAUUCAGGAGGUAAAUACAUUUGUUAACCCUUUCACAAUCAAGAUCUCAGUAGUAUUUCUCCUUACUGUCUGCCAUACAACUCUUAUUAUAUUAGCUCAGAGAAUUUGGUAUUGGAUCAACAGAUAACCCACUGAUAUUUGUGAUAUUCUUCUCUAUUCUCAUCACUUGUUUGUUUGAUAUUGUAAGGAGAAAUUCUGUGUUGGUCACUCAUGGGAAUGAAAGGGUUAAGCAAAUAACCAAACAGACAACAGAGAGUUUUUGUGAAAAUUCUUCAUUUCAGUUAAUAAUGUCUAAGUUGUUUUUCUUCAUUCUUUGUAAUUUGAAAAAUUUAAUAAUCUUUCUUGAAUAGUCCAAAUUUAUGACCAUCUCAACAAUGCAUCGAUACACAUUAUGACCAAUACUGUGUGUGAACUCUUCUAUUUUAUCUCAGAAAAAUAUAAAUUUAAUGACAUUCUUUUACAGCUGGUAGAGGCCAUUGUGCUGCCAAUGACACAUAAGGAGAGAUUUGAAAACCUUGGAAUUGCACCUCCAAAAGGUAGAUAUUCUUGUUAUUGUUUUAAAGAAUUUGUCUGUUUUUGGUCCAGUUUGUAAAUGAAUUAUUAUUCUACUACUUGUUUUUGUUUGGGUAAAAUUGAAGAACAGUUCUUCAAAGCAAACUGUUGCCUGUUAGUUGGUCAUCUGUUGGCCAAAAGAUGCUUACUAAAGGGUGGACCAACAAAUGGCCAUCAGUCGCUGAUUUGACAUUAACGUAAUGCUGCUUAUUGUCAUUAGGUUAUUUUCUCAGACAGAUUCUUUGCUCUCACACUUUCUCUCUGCCCAGAAGUAUAAAUGGGCACCAGUUGACUAUCAGCAAAACCUGAUGACGUACUUGGAGGCUCCCUGCAACAGUAUCUCAUGUUGAGGAGUAACAAUAUUCAUAGUCACAAUAGACCCUGGGAUCAGUUUUACCCAUUGUGUUCUACAAACGUUUGAAGACUUGACAGAACUUGACUCAACUUUUCAAGUUUGUGAACUGGAGAACCUCUCUUGACUGGGUGCAACUAUUUAUUUUAACUGUAUACACACUUCUGCUUGUAGGUGUACUAUUGUAUGGUCCACCAGGGACUGGCAAAACAUUAAUGGCUAGAGCUUGUGCUGCUCAGACAAAGGUGAGAAACUGUUCUGUCUGCCUUUUAGUUUUCUUGAAGCAGAGAGACUUAUUUCCUCUCACUGACAUUUUGUUUCGAAAUUUUUCUUUGUACAGUCAACCUUUCUGAAGUUGGCUGGUCCUCAACUUGUUCAGGUAAUUGCAUGUUUUUUUUAAUCAUUCUUUCUUGUGACCCAUAUUGCUCCAGUUCAUUUUCCCAGCUGAUCAGUGUAUUUUUUUUUUAACACCUACAACAAAUGUUUUUUGUUUUUAAAAUUUCUUUAGAUGUUUAUUGGUGACGGGGCUAAGCUAGUGAGAGAUGCAUUUGCUCUUGCAAAGGAGAAAGCACCAGCUAUUAUAUUUAUUGAUGAGCUGGAUGCUAUUGGAACAAAGGUAAAUUGUGGAGUUACAUAUUUUGUGUGUGAUCAAAAUCACCAGAGAUAUAGUUGCAUAGUUGAUGUUUCUUAAAAAAUGCUACUUUGUGCUCUUCAUUACUUAUUUGGGUGUUCAGAUGACUUUUAAUGUUUGAAUUUUUGUCAAAAGGGAGGAGGGUAAAGGUUUUUAUAUCAGGAUGUAGAUUAAUCUGCCUUGAGUUGAGCCGUGCAAACAAAAUACUCUACUGUAUGUCCAGAUUUCUCUGGGACGCUAAUACCAGUUGCAGGCAGAUCUUUGUUUCAUUAUCAGUGACAGUGACAAUGGUUGUAUAUAAUUUUCAAAUCAUAUAAAUACUAUAAUUGUAUUCCAUGUGAUUUUUACAAUGACAGCCUUUCAGCUAUGGUUUUGUUUGUCUACAUUACACAUUGGAUCACAAUAUGUUGCUCAAUCCAGGCAUUGAAAUAAGUCACAGCAAAUUUCUUGAAGUCAUGAAUCUUAGUGGGUAUACUAAGUUUAAGCAUUAUCUUUAACUUACAUUUGGAUCAGUCCUAUGAUAAUUAUUAUUAGUAUAGUAAGAGUAGAAUAAAUGUUGCUUUCUUGUUCCUCUUUUCAACAGAGGUUUGAUAGUGAAAAAGCUGGUGACAGAGAGGUAAGUUGAUCAAGUCAUGAAAUUCUACCAAACACCUACAUAUACAGAUGAAGUUUUUUAUCUGUAAUUGAACUUAAUGCUGUUAGCUGGGUGAUGGCUUUACUGGGUAAGUGGCUCCAGGCAAGGAUGUGUAAUGGGUUCUCAAAACUCCUACCAGUUGCAACAUGAUUGGUACAUUCAGCAUGGUCCUCAUAAUUGCCAUUUGUAUUUUAGGUGCAAAGGACAAUGUUGGAGUUACUUAAUCAGUUAGAUGGCUUUAGCUCACAUCAUGAUAUCAAGGUAAACUGCAAGAUCUCAUUAGUAAUUCUCCUUACUGUCUGUCAUACAAAUCUUAUGAUUUUAGUUCAGAGAAUUUGGUAUUGGAUCAACCAAUAAUCCCUUAAUUUAAUUGAUAUUUUUCUUUAUUCUCAAAACUUGUCUGUGUGAAACUGUAGGAGAAAUUCUGUCUUAGUCACUCAUGGGAGUUAAAGGUUAAGCUCUGUAGUUGGAAGAUGUUCUUUUGAUAGAAAUGUUUUUUCCAAGUAAGGUUUAUGGAUCAAUAUCAGUAUCUGGGCAACUGCCCACCUACCCCUCUCCUAACUCAACAACAGUCAAUUGACAGCAAGUUAAGGUUAAUGUUGGGUUAGGGGAGGGGUAGGGGUAGGUGGGCAGUUGCCCAGAUACUGAUAUUGAUCCAGGUUUACUUGGUUAUAUGCAAGUUCUAAGAGCUGAAGAAAGAAUGAAAAUUGGGAGGAGACAAAUGAUUUUUUUCUCAAGCUAUUCUUUUGUUUUUACUUUGCUCAAAAAAAAGGUGGAAAUGUCUCAUUCAUUCCUUUGAUAUACAAUAUUUUUGCAAUUUGUAUAUGUUUACUUUUGUUUCCCUGUUUUUUCUUAAUUUACUCUUAUUCAUAAUUUCAGGUCGUAGCUGCUACGAAUCGUGUAGAUAUUCUGGAUCCAGCUUUAUUAAGAUCAGGUCUGAGUUGUAUCUUUGCUUGGAAUUAAUUUAUAGUUUCUUUUAUUUGGGGUAAAUGUUUUGAUUUUGUUUCAGAUUUUAUAUACUGGUAAUAAAGAAAACCAUCAAGGGUGCAGGGUGAAUGCGUGAACAAGUGUUCGCUUAUUUUAACUUAAUCUUUCGUUUCCAGGCCGUUUGGACAGGAAAAUUGAACUGCCAAAUCCAGAUCAGGAGGCCAGGGCAAGAAUCAUGCAGAUCCACUCAAGGAAAAUGAACGUCAGGUGAGAACAUGGCCAUUGGACCGCCUUACCUGUUCAUUGAAUUGAACAGGGUAUUACAUUGACUGUUUUUCGCGUCAUGGUACUCCCCUGAAGAAAUGUGCUUGUCGUUCCUUUUAGUGAUGAAUCUGUGGAUUGAACCACUCAAACCAUGUUUCUUUAGAAAUUCUCUCUUUCAAGUGCUAAAGUGAAUUUGGACCACUUCCAGGUUUCGACGUUUUAAGAUGAGCACGCGGUCAUUUUGUUGGGAAAAAUUCCCUGGGUUUAGCGAGGGUAUCCUGUCUCUUGUUGGGCGUGGCUCAAGAUCCACUGUUUUAGCCAGUCUAGAGGUGAAAUGCAAAAUAAAAGCUGCCCCUGUAGUUAUGCUUCCUCUCUAUAAACGGCGGUUUUUUCGAGCACGUCAUUCCUUUCUAGUCGUGUCACUCGAGCCAAUAACUUUAAUGCACUGUCAAAAAGUAUUAAGUGAUGAUAAGGAGCGCUUUAUUUCUUUCCCUCUCGCACAUAAAAUGUCCAAAUGCCCGGGAAAUUUGGCGUUUAUCCGUUUGUAAUCGUUUCGAUGUUUUUUUGUUUUUGUUUGUUUUUAUUAACAUGUCUACUUGUUCAAUUUUUUCACAGUCCUGAUGUGAACUUUGAUGAGUUAGCGCGGUGUACUGACGAUUACAAUGGAGCCAUGUUGAAAGCUGUGUGUGUCGAGGCAGUACGUUGAACUUUCUAGCAAACCCUUUGCUCUAAUUUAUUUUUGUAAUUCCGUUUUGCGAUUUAAGAUUGUACACAAGAAUAUUUCAGCCUGAGGUGGGCAGAAAAGUUCGAAUAUGUAGCCCUACAUUCUUAUCAAAACAAAAUGACUAUAAAUUCAGUCUUCGGCGACGAGUUGUUUCAGUGUUCCGAAGGCCUUUUAUCAGACUGCUUCUCAGUUCCAUCACUUGUUCUGCUGUCGUUUUGAUUGUAUGUUCCGCUGAUGUAUUCAACCUGUUCCAAAGUUUUUUUGAUCACUUGUUUUGCUGUCUCUGUAAUGUUAACAAUAUUAAUAAUCUUGUUAUUAAUCUUAUACCUCUUCAACUUUGGUGUGAGGUUUGAUCACUUUUAAUUCAGCACUUCUGAUCGCUUGUUCUUUUUCAGGGUAUGAUCGCUCUGCGACGUGAAGCCACCGAGGUAAUCCAUGAAGAUUACAUGGACGGAAUCAUGGAAGUGAAUGCUAAGAAAAAAGCCAACUUGAUGUAUUACGCUUGA